UUAUGAAGGUGGGAGCUGCAGCUUUGGCCGGUGGUAUAUUUGGGGUAUUAGGGACCCUGUGUUUCUUUCUGGCCUUUGGGACAGACUACUGGCUGGUGGCCAGUGACAACUGUGGACCAUAUACAUGGUCGACACAAACAACACCGACAGGGAAUAAAGAUGCCAAUGGAACUGAGAUCCUGUUUGUGAAGGCGGUCACUGUUGCUCCUUCAUCUAUCAGCCUCCACCAUGAGGGCUUUUUCUGGCGUUGUGUGUUCCAGGUGGACCCCACAGCGCACGCAGUCCUGGCCACUCUCUUUACAAACCAACCAGAAUCCAAGGUGUGUAUCCAUGGUUACCUCUUUCCUCUGCCAGUUGCACUUGGACAAGUGCCUCAUCCAAGUUAUGAUGCUACGGCAGUGUUUCGGGGCUUCUGGACUGUGCUGAUAAUCCUCGGGCUGGUCUCGGCUCUGACUGGAGGUUUCCUCUUGGUCUGUGGUGUCCCCUUCAUCAGCCACAAGCUGUACAAGCUGGGCGGGGCCUUCUGCAUAGCUGCUGCCUGCUUUUUCCUGCUCGUCCUGCUGCUCUAUGUACUGUGGAUGGAGCUGGUGGACGUGAGGAGCUACAUCCUCCAGGAGAGAGGGGAGGCAUGUCCCAGUGCACACGUUUCAGUGCUCUAUGGCCUGUCAUUCAUGGUGGCGGCAGCUGGCGUGCCUCUGGAGCUUGUUUCUGGGUUGGUCUUCAUGCUGGUGGGCCGAGCGCUGCACGCCAGCAAGUGAGCUGGCCAUCUGGCCUGUAGGAGAAGAGAGAACUGACCUUUUUAUGUGCCGCACUGGGACUGGGAGCACCACACUUCUUGGAUGUACAUAAAAACUGUCUGGAAAGAUACGACCAACAUUAUAGCACCACCUUUUGGAUAUUAAGUAGCAUGCAG